AUGUCGCUGAAAGAUUCAAUAGCUUUUGAAGUUAUUACGCCAGUUAUAUUAUUGGCAGGGUUAACGGGAAAUCUAUUCAUCUGUUGCCUCAUCAUCACAAACAAAAAACUGAGGACUUCAUUCAAUUACCUUCUCCUCAAUUUAGCCAUAUCUGACAUAUUAUGCUUGCUAUUUGGAACCCUCUUCUACGCGGAACAAAUUCACAUUCGCUAUUUCAGCACCGGAAAAUUUUCGCCAACUGACCUCGAGGGAAUUGUAUGUAAAGUAACUUUGGUGGGUAUUCACUUCACCACGCAAAGUUCCGUUCUUACUCUGGCUGCUAUUUCGAAGGACAGAUUUUACGCCAUAGUUCAUCCGUGGAAGCAUAGGAGAGCUUCGAAAAAGAAGAACACCCGUAUUUUGAUUGCAGUAAUUUGGCUGGUAGGGGUAAUUACAUCUUUGCCGAUGAUGCUACUCGUAAUGAAAAUUCCGAACAAGUUUCAAGGAAAAUCCUUUCCGGUUUGCUUAACUUUUCUCUUGGAAACUGGAACUCACAGCUUUAAAAUCAAAGUAAUUGCUUUUAUCAAUCUCAUUGCUACAUACAUAAUACCGAUGGCGAUAAUACUGCGAAGUUCACUGGCUCUUAUAAAACAUCUAUGGUGCCAUUGCUCGCAGCAGGAGGGAGAGCAAAUUCUCCUCAAAACGCGAAAACGUAUCACAAGAAUUUUGCUCAGCGUUAUUGUUGCUUUCAACGUAUUUUGGCUGCCAUGGGCAGUUGUAGGGGGUUCACUCUUAAUCGGUGCUGUACGAGAAAUCAAGGACAAAUCGAUGGUAAUUAUGUUAAGUUUGGUUUGGUCGAGUGCAAGCGUUAAUCCAAUUCUCUACUCUCUUCAAAGUCGAUCGUUUCGAAAAAUGGUUGGAAAAAUGCUUCGCUGUCACUCGGGUUGA